GCAUAUUGUCUCUCUCUCUGUCUCUCUCUCUCUCUCAAUUUUUAGUUGACCUUUCAAAUUGAACUCGAGAUCACUCCUCCAAAGCUCCGAAGCCUUCAAAGCUUUUGAGCCCGUCUUCGUCUUCCCUCGAAAACUCCACCGUCGUAACUCCGGACCGAUCGCCGAACGAGAGAGCGCCGCCCCUCGUCGCAAUGUCGUUCGAGGUCGAAGACGACGAGGAGGCCCUCGAGCACACCCUCCUCGUCGUCCGGGAAGUCGCCGUCUACAAGAUCCCGCCGCGCCCCACCUCCGGCGGCUACAAGUGCGGCGAGUGGCUCCAGUCCGACAAGAUCUGGUCCGGCCGCCUCCGCGUCGUCUCCUGCAAGGACCGCUGCGAGAUCCGUCUCGAGGAUCCGGGCUCCGGCGAGCUCUUCGCCGCCUGCUUCGUCCUCCCGGGCCAGCGGGAGAGCGCCGUCGAGACCGUCCUCGACUCCUCCCGCUACUUCGUGCUCCGGAUCGAGGACGGCCGGGGGAAGCACGCCUUCAUCGGGCUGGGGUUCGCCGAGCGGAACGAGGCCUUCGAUUUCAACGUCGCCUUGUCCGAUCAUGAUAAGUACGUGAAGCGGCGGGAGAGCGACAAGGAGGAGGGUUCCAGCGAGGGGGCGGGUGAUGGCGAUGGGCACAUCGACAUUCACCCUGCUGUUAAUCACCGGUUGAAGGAAGGUGAAACUAUUCGGAUAAAUGUGAAGCACAAGUCUUCUGGUGGGACCGGUAUGCUUUCAGCUGCUGGACUGUCAGGAGGGCCUUCGGGGAGUGGAAAACCAAAAGCUCUAGGCCUUGCCCCACCACCCAGCGGAGCCGGAAAAGUCCGGUCUCCUCUCCCUCCCCCUCCAAAUGAUCCUGCUGCUGCCAGGAUAACCUCUGCAUCUCAUGGUCUCAGCAGCAAGACCAAGGAAAAUACUAGACGAGGCACUGAUGCUUUGUCAGAUCUGUCUCAACUAGAGAGAAACCUCCCUUCCACGGCCAGUUCAGGUUCGACCAAGACUGCUACAGCAUCAGGAUGGGCAGCGUUCUGAUGCUUGGAGUGAGGGAUAUGAUUUAUAUAUUGAUUGUUGUACUGGAAAAAAAGAGGUCACGAGAGACUAAUUAAAAGUGAUUUUUGAGGCAAGUGUUAAAUUCUUGAGAAAUAAUGACAGCUCGAUAUUAUCAUAUGUUUGUCCGACCCAUAUACUUGAUUUUACACCUUUGACUUUUCACAUGAUAUGAAAGUUUGAAUUACCUGUUUUGAGUUG